AUGAAGUUAUUUGAGAAUACAUAUGACUUCGAUUACCCUUGGGAACAAGUAACGGCGGCCAACUGGCAAAAGUACCCAAAUGAAGUAGCAACCCAUGUCGUCGGUGUGGAUGUUUUAAGAAGAGAACUCAAGGAUAAUGGGAAUGUUUUGGUCUCUGAGAGAUUGUUGACCGUACAACAGAAAGUGCCGCGUUGGAUUAUGAUGAUUCUUGGUGGUUCUAAUAUCAGUUAUGUUCGUGAAGUAUCCACUGUAAAUUUAAAGGAGAAAUCCUUAAAGCUACGUAGUUGCAAUUUAAAUUAUGUGAAUUUAUUACGAGUAUAUGAAAUGGUAGAUUACACACCACAUCCAGAGGACCCAUACAAUAAGACUUUGUUUUCACAGCAGGCUCAGAUAACCGCAGGUGGUAGAUUCGGUAAAUUAGUGAAUACUAUGGAAGACUGGAGUAUUCAACGAUUCUGUGAUAAUGCCGUGAAGGGCAAAGAAGGAUUUGAUUCAGUGUUAAGGUCCCUAUGGGAAGAACAUUGGGAUAACAAUUCUUUAGUCAUCAAAGUCAACGAAACUGUUGAUGACCUUGGUCUACAAAUGUCUAGACGUGUUACUGAGAUGAAUGCAGCAGCCGAGGCUGUUAUUAAGGAUAGUCUCAGGAAAUUUACUAUAUUAACAGACUAUCAAGAUCUGUUCACCGAAGCCUUCGAUGACGCUAAGAAAGCACAUUAA